AGCUCUUACGUACCAUCAAACUUUCCGAAAUUAAAGGAAAAUCUCCCCCUCCUAAUUCCCUCUCUCCCAAUCACUAGCUCUAAGCUCUGCGAUCAUGUCCUCAUUCUCCAUGGCAUCGACUACUCAAUCCUUCUUUGCUCCCUCCAAUCCCCCAAACUCAAAAACUGACAAUCCAAAUCCCUACAGCCUGACCUCUAUGACUGGUGCUCAACACGAUUGGAUCGGGAGCAUUGCCCGUGAUCACUCAUUGGCUUCUCCUCCCCUGGAACCACACAACUAUGGAAUUCAACAUGAUAUGCUGCCAUGCACGCUCGGUCUACAGGGCGUUGUUAGUAUCCAACAUGCACAAAAAUUGGAAGUAUGCAGGCAUGUACUAAAGAAAAUAGGAGAGGAUCAUCAUCAUCCAUUUGAAAGUCUAUACAUGAUUGAUGCUGUCCAACGUCUGGACGUUGACAAAUACUUUCAGGAAGAGACUGAAGCAAUUUUACAUGGCCAUUAUGUAAAAAACGUGUCUCACGGUGACUGCGGUCAUGAGCUUCAUGAGGUUGCUCUUCGCUUUCGACUGUUGAGACAACAAGGUUACCAUGUGCCUGCCGAUGUUUUUAACAACUUCAAGGACAAGGAGGGGAAGUUUAACAAAGAACUGGCUGAAGACAUUAACGGAUUGAUGGCUUUGUAUGAAGCUUCACAGCUAAACAUAGAAGGUGAAGACAUACUCGAUGAAGCUAGAAACUUUAGUGAGCAGCUCCUGAAUGCACGGGUGAGACAUUUUGAUCAUGACAACCAACUCAGAGUUGUUGAGAAUACUUUGAGGCAUCCUUACCACAAAAGCUUGGCAAGGUUCAUGGCCAAAAACUUUUUUGGUAAUUCUCAAGAGACAAAUGGAUGGCCGAAUGAUUUACAACUACUAGCAAAAAUAGAUUUCAAUAUGGUCCAAUCCAUGCACCAAAAGGAAAUUGUUCAAAUUUCCAAAUGGUGGAGAGAUCUUGGUUUGGCUAAGGAGCUUAAGUUUGCGAGGAACCAACCCCUCAAAUGGUACAUUUGUUCAAUGGUGUGUCUUACAGAUCCAGAGUUGUCAGACGAAAGGCUUGAGCUCACAAAACCCAUUUCUCUUGUCUACAUAAUAGACGACAUUUUCGAUGUUUAUGGAACGCUUGAGGAACUCACUCUCUUCACAGAAGCUAUCAAAAAAUGGGAUUUUGCUGCUCUUGAGCAAUUACCAGAGUACAUGAAGAUGUGCUUCAAGGCUCUUUACGACAUCACUAAUGAAAUUAGCUACAAGAUAUAUCGAAAGCAUGGGUGGAACCCUAUCGACUAUCUAAGAAAGACGUGGGCGAGUUUGUGCAAUGCCUUUCUAGUAGAGGCAAAAUGGUUUGCUUCUGGGCACUCACCGAAGUCAGAAGAGUAUUUGGAAAAUGCAGUUGUUAGUUCAGGGGUUCAUGUGGUUCUCGUUCACACUUUCUUUCUUUUGGGUCAGCAUAUAACCAAGGAAACUGAAGAUCUUGUUGAUAACAUACCGGGCAUUAUAUCUUCUCCGGCCACAAUUCUUCGUCUUUGGGAUGACUUGGGAAGUGCCAUGGAUGAGUGUCAAGAUGGGCGCGAUGGAUCAUACAUAGACUACUACGUGAAGGAACACCAAGGUUGUUCCAUCAAAGAGGCACGAGAGAAGGUUGUGAAUAUGAUUUCAGACGCAUGGAAGCGCCUAAACAAAGAGUGCCUCUCUCCCAAUCCAUUUUCAGCAGCAUUCACUAAGGCUUCUCUUAAUAUUGCAAGAAUGGUUCCAUUGUUGUAUAAUUACGACGACAACCAUUGCCUUCCAAGCUUCGAGGAGCAUUUGAAAUCUGUGCUUUAUGAAAGCGUGUCACUUUAGGGCCGGAUUAAACAAAAAAAAAAAAAAAUAAGGCUUUUGCUUAAUUACUAUGUAAACGUACAGCUCUAUUGUUGUAGAAACCAAGGUAAAUUAGCUCGUGGACCAUGAGCUGCCAUCAAAUAAAAUUAGGUAAUACUCCUUAAACUUGAUGUUCAGUAAAAAGCCUUUUAUCUUUUUCCCAAGCCUCUAA